GGGGAGGGGCCAGAGGGCGAAUGAAAAGGCCUUUUUCUUCCACAGCUGGGAGAACAGCUGCCACCAAAGCAAGACUGGACACUGUGUGCCCAGAGCCCCCUCUGCAGCUGGCCUCCCUUCCCAGGACCCCGCUCAUCCUCACUUUCCUUUUUUCCCUUUCCUGGAUCCUGCCUAGGCCUUGGAACAGCAAUAGGAAAGGAAAUUUUGUCACAGCAGCCAGAGCGGUCUAACAGGAGCGCAGAAGGGCAGGGGGGGCCUCUGCUUUCUGCUCAAGAGCUGGCCACCUCUCUCAAGACUGGGGGAGUUUUGGAAGGAGGGACUGUAGGACAUUACUUACCCACCUUCCCCGGCUCUGGAGGGGUUGAUAAGGGAAGGGACUCUGGGGGGCACAGAGAUGCAGGACAGAUUGCACAUCCUGGAGGACCUGAAUAUGCUCUACAUUCGACAGAUGGCACAGAGCCUGGAGGACACAGAGUUGCAGAGGAAGCUAGACCAUGAGAUCCGGAUGAGGGAAGGGGCCUGCAAGCUGCUGGCAGCCUGUUCCCAGAGAGAGCAGACUCUGGAGGCCACCAAGAGCCUGCUGGUGUGCAACAGCCGCAUCCUAAGCUACAUGGGUGAGCUGCAGCGGCGCAAGGAGGCCCAGGUGCUGGGGAAGACCAGCCGGCGGCCUUCUGACAGCCGGCUGCCUGCUGAGCGCACCCCAUGCCGAGGCCGGGUCUGCAUCUCUGACCUCCGGAUUCCACUCAUGUGGAAGGACACAGAAUAUUUCAAGAACAAAGGUGACCUGCACCGCUGGGCUGUGUUCCUGCUGCUGCAGCUAGAGGAACAGAUUCAGGACACAGAGAUGAUUCUGGUGGACAGGACCCUCACAGACAUCUCCUUUCAGAACAAUGUGCUCUUCACUGAGGCAGGGCCAGACUUUGAACUACGGCUGGAGUUGUAUGGGGCUUGUGUGGAUGAAGAAGGGGCUCUGGCUGGUGCUCCCAAGAGGCUUGCUACCAAGCUCAGCAGCUCUCUGGGUCGCUCCUCAGGGAAGCGUGUCCGAGCGUCACUGGACAGUGCUGCAGGCUCGGCAAGCAGUACCAUCCUGCUACCCACUCCAGCUGUGGGAGGUCCUCGUUACCACCUCUUGGCUCACACCACACUCACUCUGGCUGCAGUACAAGAUGGGUUCCGUACACAUGACCUCACUCUUGCCAGUCAUGAGGAGAAUCCUGCCUGGCUGCCCCUUUAUGGUAGUGUGUGUUGCCGUCUGGCAGCUCAGCCUCUCUGCAUGACCCAGCCCACUGCCAGUGGUACCCUCAGAGUGCAGCAAGCUGGGGAGCUACAGAACGGGGCACAAGUGUAUGGAGUCCUGAAAGGCACAAAUCUCUUCUGUUACCAUCGACCCGAGGAUGCAGACACUGGGGAAGAUCCGCUGUUGACUAUUGCAAUCAACAAGGAGACACGGGUCCGGGCAGGGGAGCCAGACCAGGCCCCUGGACGGCCCCUCACCCUUAGCAUCAGUAACCAGUACGGGGAUGAUGAGGUGACACACACCCUUCAGACAGAGACUCGGGAAGCCCUGCAGAACUGGAUGGAGGCACUGUGGCAGCUUUUCUUUGACAUGAGCCAGUGGAAGCAGUGCUGUGAUGAAGUCAUGAAAAUUGAAACUCCUGCUCCCAGGAAGCCCCCUCAAGCACUGGCCAAGCAGGGGUCCUUAUAUCAUGAGAUGGCUAUUGAGCCGCUGGAUGACAUCGCAGCGGUGACAGACAUCCUGGCCCAGCGGGAGGGCGCAAGGCUGGAGUCGCCCCCACCCUGGCUAGCUAUGUUCACAGAUCAGCCUGCCUUGCCUAGCCCCUGCUCACCUGCCUCAGUGACCCCAGCCCCAUCUUGGACCCACCCUCUGCCCUGGGGGAGACCCCGGACCUUUUCCCUGGAUGCUGUCCCCUCAGACCACUCCCCUGGGGCUUCUCGCUUGGCUUCCCCCCUCCCUAAUCAGCGGUCCCCACAGUCCAGAGGCCUCUGCAGCAGCAAAGGUCCAUUCCGAACUUGGCUGCAGUCACCAGUGUGAGGCCAAGGUGCUGACAACAGGAUCUGGCCAGAAAAGAAAAUGACCUAUGUACAGUUGGGCUCUGGAUCUGGCACUGCCUGCAGCAAGUUAGCCAGCUUGGCCUUCUCUUCCUCUCCUGGACUAGGGGUAGGUGGGGAGAGAGAACAGAAGCUGUUCUUAAGCUGUGGUUGCCAUGGUACUGAGGGGAGCUCAUUACAGGAGUUAGCUGGGACCCUCUAAACCCUUCCUGGGGAAAAAAACUGGAACAUUACUGCCCUACCUCCCUGCACUAACCAGCUUUGAGGAUGGCACUGAAGAGCCCUGGGAGAAAAUGUACCUCCUUUGUGACUCUUACACACUAUUAAAGUUAUUUAACAGCUGCCUCCAUCUGGUUCCUGAG